GCCUUUAAGAAUCGAGGACUCAGCUCUCUAUCCUCUCGUUCUCCAUCUCCACCUUUCUCCCUGUCUGUCGUUGAGGGUUUCAAAGGAUAUCAACCGGGCCUGAGAUAGGCUACUCAUAAGCGAUAUUCAGCAUUCAAGGUCAAUUGAUCAGGAGGAGAAUGGAUCCAGUUUGAGCAUCUUGACUGAUAAGUUGUGAUCCUGUAACCAUGGCGACCUGUGAGCGUGGCUGUGUCCCGGCAGUGCGUUUCUGCCAAAGGCUGAACCGACUGAAGACCCUGGAUGAUGAUUUGAUGGUGACAUCAAUGAAACGCUGCCUGACCAUGGUGGACCUGGCCCUCCUGGGUGUUGGGGGCAUGGUGGGCUCUGGCCUCUACGUCCUGACUGGCACUGUGGCCAAGGACACGGCGGGACCUGCCGUGGUUCUCUCCUUCCUCAUAGCAGGCAUCGCCUCCCUGAUGGCCGCCCUCUGCUAUGCUGAGUUCGGAGCUCGCGUGCCCAGAACGGGCUCAGCCUACAUGUUCACCUAUGUUUCUUGUGGAGAGAUAUGGGCCUUUCUCAUUGGCUGGAACGUAGUGUUGGAGUACAUGAUUGGUGGGGCCGCGGUGGCGCGGGCGUGGAGUGGUUAUCUGGACUCCAUGUUUAACCACACUAUCCAGAACUACACAGAGAACCACAUAAUGAAGUGGAAUGUUCCCUAUAUCGCCCACUACCCUGACCUGCUGGCCGCCGGGAUUCUAGUGGUUGCCACCAUCUUCAUAACCUUCGGAGUGCGAGUCUCCUCUUGGCUCAACCACAUCUUCUCCGCUGUUAGUCUGGUUGUCAUACUCUUCAUCUUGGUGUUUGGCUUCAUGCUGGCCGACCCAGUCAACUGGAGCCAGAAAGAAGGAGGUUUUGCACCGUUCGGUGUGUCUGGGGUUAUGGCGGGCACAGCCACCUGCUUUUACGCAUUUGUUGGCUUCGAUGUGAUUGCAGCCUCAAGCGAGGAGGCAAAGAACCCCCAGCGAGCCAUUCCCAUGGCCACAGCCAUCUCUUUGUGCAUGGCAGCCACAGCCUACAUCCUGGUCUCCACUGUCCUCACUCUCAUGGUGCCCUGGCACUCCCUCGAUCCCAACUCAGCUCUGUCUGACGCCUUCUUCCGCCGAGGCUACAGCUGGGCUGGCUACAUCGUGGCAGUAGGGUCCAUCUGUGCCAUGAACACAGUGCUCCUCAGCAACCUUUUCUCCCUCCCUCGGAUUGUUUACGCUAUGGCGGAGGAUGGCCUCUUCUUCGCCUUCUUCGCCAAGGUCAACCCUGUCACCAAGGUCCCUGUGAAUGCCAUCUUGGUGUUUGGCCUCCUCAUGGCCGUCAUGGCCCUCAUCUUUGACCUGGAGGCCCUGGUCCAGUUCCUGUCCAUCGGCACCCUCCUGGCCUACACCUUUGUGGCAGCCAGUGUCAUCGUGCUGCGCUUCCAGCCUGAGAAGGAGAAGACCAGUUCCAAGGCUAACUCCACUACCUCCCCUAACACCAACUACAACCCAGAGCUCUCACCCGAAGCCUCAGAGUCCCAGAUCAUAGCUCAGGACAGCGGGGAGCUGAAGGAGUAUGAGUCCUUCUCAGACAAGCUACAGCUGGUGGAGAUGCAGAAGACCAGGGAACGCAGCGCCCCAGGGGUGUUGAAGGCCCGCUGGGAGCCCUACCUGGGCAGGUUGCUAGGGACCUUUGAGCCGGGGGAGGUGGUGGCCUUCUCUGUGCUGGCGGUGAUGGUGAGCUCUGUGUCCCUCUGUGCCGUGUUUGUGUUUGGGAAUAACCAGCUGCAGCUGCCUACGUGGAGCUUCGCCGUGCUAAUAGUGGUGUUUGGCUCGACCUUCCUCCUCAGCCUGGUCGUCAUAUAUGCCCAUGAACCACAUAUCAACACCAAAACCUUCCAGGUACCCUUGGUCCCAUUCAUCCCUGGUGCAAGCAUCCUCAUGAAUGUGUUCCUAAUGCUGAAGCUCAGCCCAAUGACCUGGAUCCGCUUUACCGUAUGGGUGGCUGCAGGUCUACUGGUGUAUUUUGGCUAUGGGAUAUGGCACAGUAAGGAGGGCCUGAGGGAGCUGCAGCCCAAGGACAUGGCUGCCAGGUACGUGGUGCUCCCUAGUGGCAGCCUGGUAGAGACAGUCCAGUCAGUGCAGCCGAACGGACAUGGGGACGCCAGCGCCCUCCACACCACCCCCUCCCCCGCCCAGUCUGCUGAAGAGCAGCAGGCAAAGAGAUGAUGUGUAGGAACUAGGAAGGGAGCCAUUUUUAUUUCAGUGGGCCGUUAUCAUCUAUCUGCUCCUAUUCAUACAUUACCUCACUCUCUUCUCCUCUGACUGGCCUCAUACAAUCAAUGUGUAAUGCCACAAGGCUGUGUUUCUCUGCAUUAGUAAGUACACAUCACACAAUGAGAUUUACGCUCUCUCAUUAUGAAACAUAUUUAUAUUUACAUAUUGUAUCUGUUAAUAUGGGAACAUAGUAAUAAAGCUAUCUAGCAUUGUUUAGGAUAUUGCUAUUGGUUAUAAUCACUGUAUUUUUUUAAAUGGUAGAUAAAUCAGCACAGGUGUUAUUUCCUUGUUAGCAUUUCUCUCAACUCCUCAAUUGAUCCGCUUUUUAAUGUCUCUCAGUCACUCACAAUUGAAUGUGUUUGGAAGUAGGAUGGUGCUUUUGAUCAUAGCAUACAUUGAUAGCACAUGUUGAUUUGCAGCAUUUUUCGUUUUGCAAGCACUGGAAUGAAUGGACCUUUGUUUACACACACACCCAUGUACAAACACAUUUUCACAUUUGCUUUCUCUCACACACACACACACACACACACACACACACACACACACACACACACACAUUAUUCUUGCCUGAGGAAAGACUAGGUUCUGUCAGUGGGUCAUGUGGGUCCACUUACAAUCCCUGGGACCACCUCAAGAUCCCCCUCAUUCCCCAACACUGGUGGCUGCUCAGCCAAACGCCAAUCAUUUACAUACAUUUUCUGUUUUAAAUAUUAUUUUGGACUUGUUUCAUGUAGUUUCUGAGCUGUGAAACAGUAUAUUUUAUAAUUUUAGUUUUGCAUUUCACUGAUGGCAUAUCACACACAUAUUAUGUUCUGUUUUGGGAUGUUUUUGUACCUCGCUUCGUAUCAUAAUGACCUGACUCCACUUGUUAACUUUCUCUGUCUCCAUCACAUGAGAUUGUCACUCUCUUCUAAGGCAGAGUACACCUUUCAACCUCUCACUUAAUCCACUGACUCCCAUCCAAUGACCUCACUCACUCUUAUGUGUCCCAGAUUUUGCAGUCUCAAUCAACCUAAUAUCUACUGAGAAGUUUUUUUUCUCCCAAUGCACAAUAACUAGACAGCGACCCAUUCCCCUUCUGUGUGCUAGCAUGAGAUUAGAUUAUACAACCAUCUGAUAUAAAAGCACCUGGAUUAUUUUAGCUAUGGUUUUGUUCUCAUUUCUCCUCAUACACAAGAGUGAUAAUACGAGACGAGAGUUAUAAACAUGUGUUUUAAUAUAUGCUUUUUGCAAGCACAAACGCAGUUCAUGAUGUACCUGAACAGGGUAUUUGGUGGUGCUGCUGCUUAGAAGCAUAUUAACAAACAGGAAUUGGGUGUUUUGUCAGACUAUGCCAGCCAUAGGACAUCCCUUAUCCUCAUGAGGCCUCUGUAAUCCGACAGAUUUGCAGCAGUCCCUGCGGUUGCCCAAUAGCUUGAUCUAGAUUACACACACGCACAGAUUACUCUCUCACAGUGCUGGAUUACACUGACCGCCUCAGAGAGGGAUUGCACUCUCACACCCAGUUACUCACUACCCUGUCUGAUAGCACAGUGUUCGAGAGGGCAGUAAGAUGUCAUGACAAUAUAACAAUGUCUCAACGUGAUAAUCAUAACAUUCCCAUAUCUAAAGUUUUCAGUCAAGUCCUGAGAACUGAUUAUUUUGUUACCUAUAAGGUGUAUAUUUGUCUGUUUGUCACGUUUGGAGAUUACGGUAAAACAUCUACCAUUUAUCUGUAUAAUAAUAAUGUAACUACAACAUUGCCUUGAUGUUAUUAGCGUUUUCUAUAUAUCACAGUCCUUAGAAUGAUGAAAAAUAAGCAUGAGACUCUCACUACCGGCUACCAACCUCACAAGUGUCUGUAGCUCACCUUAGUGUUGCACUCAAAGAUAUGUUUGUUUUGUCUCUUAUUUAUCACUAUUUAUUAGUUAUUGUAAACAUACAUAUUUUAAACAUACAUUUGUUUAUGUCAAUAUAUGACACAAGCAACCAAUGGCCUUAAAGAUGUUUUCAUGAGUACAGAAUGAUUCCCAAAGCUUACGUGAAAUCUAAACAACUGUAGUUGUUCAGGUAGCUUUUCUCCUCUAUCCAAGUAGUUUACCCUGUUAUAAUCUCAGUAUUAUUCAUAGGAUAUUAUAUUGUAAACUACUAUAUUCCAUACAAUUAAAUUCAACAGAUACAGCCUUUGAAAUAAUCAAAUGUUGGUGGAUGUGGGGAUAACAAAAUAUUAAAUGGAUUUUUGUACAACUUUGCACAUAGUUUAAGAUUUUAACUGCAAACAACUGUAUGUGUCUCUCUACCAGUGUGUCUCUGUUUUUCCUGCGUGGGCAAGUGACAGGUGUUGACACUAUGGUGCUUUUGGCAAGCUGAACAUUUCCUCACCUCGAUGAGUUACGUUCUCUGUCUCGUGUGGCAGUAAGCACAGUGCGCUAUGAGCUCUGACUGUACCUAUGUACUCUGUACUUACACAUCCAAAUUGUAAGUAUUUUUUGUUGUAUAAAGUCUAAAAGAAGCUGUGUUAUUUCGUGACAAAUAAAUGUUUUCAAGCAGCA